AUGGCUCGUGAGAGAUGUGAUGAAGUUCUGCUUGCUGAAAAAGACAAUAUAUCUGAAACGUCGCAAAACACUACAAGUGAUAAUAUUAUUAUUAGGGAAAAUAGUAGCCCUUUACAGACAAUAGAAAAUGUGAUAGAAAACGCGGAAAUAAUUAUCGGCUCUGGCGAUGCUUCCGUUAGGUCUACAAUAAUUCCUUCCCAAGCUUCAGAAUAUACGAUAAUGGAAUUUGCAGAAAUCACGAUAAUAAUUGCCGAAUUUACAAACGAAGGUGACCAUUUAGAGGAAAUAGUUCAAGAAGUCGAAAUAGGAACAAGUAUUGAAGCUCCUGGGUUAGAAAUUAACGAGACUUUAAAGACAGACGAAGAGGAAGAGAGUGAAGUAAUUACGAAAGACAAUUUUGAAUCAAAAAAUGGCGCAAAACCUCAACAGUUGCUUCUCGUCGUACCUAUUCAUUUAAAUACUUUUGUUGAAGAGGAGAAAAUAAAUGUAUGCAAAAAUUUUUUCUUUGUAGCUCUAAAUAUUAGUCAAAAACCAGUAUACACUGUACAUUCUGUUGAUCAUGAAACUCCAAAAAUAGAUAUGAGAGGAAAAACUGGUACUAGAAAAAUUAGUAAUGAGAAAAUGCAGGCAGUUAUCGAUCAUAUUAAUAAAUUUAAUGUAGUUGAAUCUCCUUACUGUAGGCACAAUAGCCAGAAAAAAUAUUUGGAAGCAUCUUUAACAAUUCAACAAAUGUACGAUUUAUAUCUUAAUUACUGUGCUGAAAAUAACAUAGAAACAGUUAAACUCUCAAUGUACAGGUAUAUACUCUGUACCAAUUUUAACUAUAGUUUUCACAAACCAAAAAAGUCAUGUAUGAAACCUGCUCCACCUUUUACUUAA